AUGGAGUUGUUGAAAAAGGGAAAUGCAACUAUGUUGGGGAGAGCUGGGUGGAGGAGAGGGAGCCUUGGACUCAUCACCCUGUGUGAAGAAAAAUCAAAAGAAUUAGCCAAAGAAGGGGAAAAAGGUACCUUAGUAGAUAACGAUGAAGGUGGGAAGAUAAAUAAAAUCAACGACGAUGAUUCAAGUACAUUAAAGGAACAAGCUAACUCUCCAUUCACUAAUUCGUUUGAUGCUCCAAAUGCUUUGCUCUUUGAAAAUCUAAACAAGGAAUACAAAUUUAUAACUACACAGGACAACUUUGAUGGAUUCAGAUUCGAAGUGGAUAAAACGGUGAACAAGUAUUUACAGUCCACACACACACUCUUCCUUGGCACGACACUAAGGGAUGUCGGGUACUUGUAUCAGUUCGGGGCUAACUUCACAAACAGUGAUAACAGCUUGCUAAUGAUAAGCAGAGUGAACAUUGAUGGCAGCGUGAAUGGUAGGUUUUGUAAAAGAGUAGAAAAUCACAUCGACUGUAAGCUCAAUUUUAACACCUAUGCGAAAAGCGAUACGAGAAAUAUGUACGAAAUGGCUGUAGAGGUUAACAAGCCUAUAUAUACAUACAGCGUGAAGACCAUAUGGCAGGGGACAUGGAUCUUUAACGCAUCGUACACACAAAUGUUGAGUAAAAAAUUUCAGGCUGGGGUGGACCUAACGUAUAUUGCAUCCAAUUGUGCUUCUAUUGGAUCCUUUGGACUUCGAUACAAUCACAAAAAUAAUGUCGUGUCUAUGCAAGUGGUGAGGCAGCCAAAUUUUAAGUCACCUGAAUUUAUGCUUAACCAGACCCACUUAUAUAAAAUUCAGUACGCUAAGAAGGUGUCCGAUCGGUUAUCCUUGGGGACAGAACUUGAGGUCACUCCGCAGACGAAGGAAUCUGCUAUGCGUUUGGGGUGGGACUACUCCUUUCGUCAUGCCAAG